AUGACUGAUAAAAUAGCCGUCGUUACUGGCGCUAACAAAGGCAUCGGUUACGUAAUUGUUAAAGAAUUGUGCCGUCGUGGAGUAGGCGUUGUAUAUUUAGCGGCAAGAGAUGAAAAGAGAGGCAAUGAAGCCGUCGACGAUCUGAAAAAAGAAGGUUUGAACCCAGUUUUUAUUCAACUCGAAGUGACCGACGAGGAAAGUGUGAAAAAAUUGGCAAACACUUUAAAGGAAAAACAUGGCGGUAUUGAUAUACUGAUAAAUAAUGCCGCUGUAAUUACAGAAAAUUUUUCUGAAACAACAUACGAGGAUUCCGUAAACGUACUCACCGUUAAUUAUUACAGCCUUCUGACCAUACAGAAAUACGUCUUUCCAAUUCUGAAAGACAAUGCAAGAGUUAUAAAUAUAUCAAGCGACGCAGGGCACAUAUCUAACCUUGAGAAUCCGUACUGGAUAAAGCGACUUACAAAAGAGGAUCUUAAAUUAGAAGACAUUGAUGCAUUCGUGACUUGGUUUUUGGAUUCGGUGAAAAAUGGAACUAUGAAAAUAGGAGACUUUGUAGAGAAUGGUUUCCUUGCCUAUAGGAUAUCAAAAAUAGCUAUGUGCGCGUUGACCAGAGUACAACAGAAGGAAGUAAACCGCGGGAUUUCCAUCAAUUCCAUACACCCUGGAUUUGUUAAAACAAGCAUGACAAUGUACAGUGGAUUCAUGGACUUGGAGGAGGCAGCUGAUGCCCCAGUUUACUUGGCUUUAGACGUUGACCAAUCAAUAAAGGGUAAAUACUUCUGGUUCGAUAAAACCGAGAAGGACUGGACAGACCAUAGCCUGAAAAUACAUUCUAAAUUUGACGUGUUCAUGCAACAUGUUGAAGCCAGCAAGCAAACG